UGAUAAGAAGCGUGCGGCGGCGGCGGUGACUUUUGGUUGCGUUUUUUAAACAGUUAUUGCUGAUAAAGUGGGCCGGUUCAUAAAAAUAAAUUCAUAAAAAUUGCCACAGAGAAAUUAGCAGCCGCCAAAUAACACCCAAGAUGUCGUUUUUCCUGAAGGCAGCCGUCACAGCCCGCAACAUCGUUCAUAAGGUGCCCGUGCGCCAUUUGAAUCUCCUCGAGUUCCAGAGCAAGGAUCUGCUCCAGAAGUACGGCGUGGCCAUUCAGCAGUUCAAGGUCUUGGAUAACUCCAAAGCCGAUGCCGAGGUGGUGAAGACAUUUGAGUGUCCGGAGUAUGUGGUGAAGGCGCAGAUUCUGGCUGGUGGGCGUGGCAAGGGUACUUUCGACAAUGGAUUCAAAGGCGGCGUGCAUAUCACCUCAAACAAGAGCGAGGUGCUUUCGCUCAGCCAGCAGAUGAUAGGAAACCGGCUGAUAACCAAACAAACGCCCAAGUCUGGAAUUCUGGUCAACAAGGUCAUGGUGGCCCGCAGUGUCAACAUUACCCGGGAGACGUAUCUCUGCAUCUUGCUGGAUCGCGAGCACAAUGGCCCCGUGCUGAUUGCCUCGCCGGCGGGCGGUGUGGAUAUUGAAGCUGUGGCCGAGGAGACCCCUGAGAAAAUUAAGACUGUCCCUUUGGAUAUUGACCAGCCCAUUCCGGAGGCCACACUGGUGGAGGUGGCCAAGUUUUUGGAGUUCAAGGGAGAUGCCGUGAAGCGUUGUGCCGCUGAAAUUCAAAAACUCUACACUCUCUUCAAGGCCGUCGAUGCUGUUCAGAUUGAGAUCAAUCCCCUGGCGGAGACGGACAAGGGCGAAGUGAUCUCUGUAGAUGCCAAGCUCAACUUUGAUGACAAUGCUCAGUUCCGUCAGAAGGAUAUCUUUGCCAUGGAUAUCACCGAGGAGGAAUCCGAUCCCCGGGAAGUGGAGGCGGCCAAAUACAAUCUGAACUACGUAGCCAUGGACGGCAACAUUGGGUGUCUGGUGAAUGGCGCUGGCCUGGCCAUGGCCACCAUGGACAUUAUCAAGCUGAAUGGCGGUGAACCGGCCAACUUUUUGGAUGUGGGAGGCGGCGUAAAGGAGGAUCAGGUGGCCAAGGCGUUUGAGAUCCUCACAGCCGAUCCUAAAGUCAAGGGAAUCCUGGUCAAUGUUUUUGGGGGCAUCGUCAACUGCGCCACUAUUGCCAAUGGCAUUGUGGCGGCUUCCAAGAAGCUGCAACUCAAUGUACCGCUGGUGGUUCGACUGGAGGGCACCAAUGUGAACCAGGCCCGUGAAAUCCUUAAGAAUUCCGGCUUGCCCAUCCAGACGGCCAGUGAUUUGGAUGAUGCCGCCCACAAGGCAGUGGCUGCUCUGAAAUAGAGUGGAUUUUAAUGUUUAUUUUAAAAGAGAAAGGAAGGAUUUUUCAGCAAAAAGUCUUCCAUAAAAAUAUCAAGACGCACAUUAGCAUUUACAAUGGACAGGCCUUUAAAAUAUAUAAUUUAUAAUUAUAUAUAAUAUAAGUUUUUAUCGACAA